UGGUCCCGAUGGCGGACCGUUCAUUCGGUUCUCUUCGCGUCGUUCGGAAUGUAACUGUCAUCCCCGAACUUUUCCUUGUUCCGGAACUUUCGUUUUUGAACGUCGUUUCUUUUUCUUCACUCGCGACGCGAAGAAAAAAAAAACAAGAAGAAAACUCGCGCCACACACACACACACACUGUAACUAUCGCGAGAGAUUGUCGCGUCAAACGACACAUCUUCGCGCUUCCGGAAACCGGUACUGAUCGGAGGCGCGAAUCGAGAAUAAUCCACGCAGAAAGUAUGGAGGGCACGGGGAUGAUGAGUGGAGUUCCAGUGCGCCAAGAGGGUCGGAAGCUGUGGCAGUACCUCGCAACGAUGUCCGCCUCCUUGAUGGCGAUCGGGGUCGGUACCGCUCUGGCAUGGACGUCUCCUGUGCUGCCUCAUUUGUACAAAAAAACUUCUUGGCUGGUCAUCUCGCAAGAGGAAGGUUCCUGGGUGGGUUCGUUGCUAGCUCUGGGCGCGAUGGCGGCCGCCGUUCCUUCCGGUCCUAUGGCCGACAAACUCGGCCGAAAGAAAUCUCUCCUCUUACUGGCGGCCCCGUUCUUGCUCUCCUGGGUGAUCAUUAUAUUCGCGUACAAACUCUGGCUGAUCUACAUAGCCCGAUUCGUCGUCGGGAUCGGCGUCGGCGCGGCCUGCGUUCUCGUGCCCACGUACAUAUCCGAAAUCGCGGAGAUCUCGACCCGCGGCACCCUCGGCGCCAUGUUCCAGCUCUUUCUCACGAUCGGAAUUCUGUUCGCUUUCAUUCUCGGAAACCAGAUAAAUUACACGGCGUUCGCCGUGGUCUGCGCCCUCAUAAUAGUCGCCUUCCUGCUCGCCUUCGUUUGGAUGCCGGAAUCGCCGGUCUGGUUGCUGAACAAACAGCGAAAAUCGGAAGCCACGUUGGCGAUGACGAUUCUUCGAGGCGAUGCUUACGACCCGUCCGAGGAAAUUGCGCAAAUCCAGCGAGAAGCGGAAGAAGCGACGGCGAGGAAAUCGAGCGUGUUCGAUCUAGUGCGCACUCGAGCGAACAAAAGGGCUCUCGUUGCGUCGUUGGGCUGCAUGUUCUUUCAACAAAUGUCCGGCAUAAACGCGGUGAUAUUUUACACGGUCAACAUCUUUCAGGCAUCUGGAAGCUCGAUGGCGCCGGAACUCGCUUCCGUAGUGGUGGCGAUAGUUCAGAUGGUGAUGUCAGGCGUAGCAGCCAUAAUUGUGGAUCGCGCAGGUCGAAAACCGCUGCUAAUAUUCUCCUCAAGUAUUAUGGCAGGCAGUCUCGUGGCUCUCGGUUCGUACUUCAACAUUAAAGCAAGCGGAAGUGAUGUUAGCAAUCUCGGCUGGCUACCGCUCUCGUCUCUCACGUUAUUCAUGAUCUCUUUUUCCGUUGGAAUGGGACCAAUACCGUGGAUGCUAACGGCCGAACUGUUCUCCGCGGAGACCAAAGCGAUCGCUUCCGGUCUCGCGGUAAUGUUGAAUUGGUUCCUCGUGUUCCUCGUAACGAAAACCUUCCCGGCGAUGAACGAGCAAUUAGGAGCCGACGUGACUUUUUGGAUUUUCGCCGUCAUCAUGGCGAUCGCCACCGCGUUUAUAUUCUUCGUCGUUCCGGAAACCAAGGGAAAAUCCAUUCAGGAGAUUCAGGAGACACUGAAGGGUAGUCUCAAAACAACGGCGCAUAUGUAAAAUGCCGCUUCAUGACAAUUAACGUGAAGAGAAUCGCGAGAGAAUCUACUUUAUUAAUGUAAAAACCGUCGUUUUCUUCAUUUUUAGCGCAGAUAAUUUAAGAGACGUUGCGCGUUUUUAUCCAGUUUGAUGAUAUCCAAACGUUUUUAUAUUAAAAUUAAAAUUCCAAGUGAUAUUUUUAACUGGACAAUAAGCAAUUUUUAGAAUCACUUUUUUUAUAAUGGCGCACAGCGCGGCAACAACAAUUACUCACAACUUUUUACAGGAACUCGACAAAACUCUAUUGCAUUUGUUAUAUAACAUAUACGUAUGUAUUUUUUUGUUGUGUUCAAAACUAAAAUUCAAAACUUGUUUUAAUGCAAUUUUUUAGCUGGCAGAUUUCAUUGACGCACGAAGUUUUUAUCAUCAUGCAUUUAAUCGUACAUUAUUAUUUAAACAUGUGUACUAUCGCAUCAUCUGAGAAAUGAUAUCUUAUCAUUUUUUUGUAGUGACAUGUGUGUAAGAUAAUAUCCUUCUUAUAUACGUUCCUAAGUAUAAUAAUUCAUCGAUCAUUUAUAAUUGAUGUGUUUUUUUUAAUUAAAAAUUUCAUCUAUUUAAAGAAAUGAUAUUUUUGCUACAAUUUUAAAAUAGUUA